AACAACCCCCAUAUCCUCCAACCACUCAGCCCACCCGCGACACCACACGUCAAGCUAUUGGGACCUCAUUGCGACUUUUUGGAAUUACACCUCAAACACUGCAAAAAAGAGAGCGCAAAGAUGCCACAACCGCCCUCCCGCGCAAUCGCCUCCAAAGACCUGCCGCCGUCGGUCGAAACCGCCUACUACCGCAAAUGCAUCGAUCUGCGCCGCCGGAUAACCGACAUUGAAGACAACAACGAUGGCACGCGCCUGCGCAUAACCCGCCUCAACCGUGGAAUCCAAAAGAUGCGCCUCGAGCGCGCUUUUCUCCUCGAACAACUCAACAAGCACAUGGAGUACAACGUCGAUGACAGCGAUCGGAGUAGCAGCCCCCCGCCCACCCCAACCGACAAGCCGCUGCGCAGCAAGCGGAGCCACAACAGAAAGGGCACCCCACCCCUUGGCAGUAGCGGCGCCGGUGGCGCGAGCAGUACUGCAGGGGGCGAAGGGGAGAGACUAGGUCCCGAAGGAAGGAUAGGAGCCAUAGGCCAUAUAUCGCACAGCGUGAAUCCCGUCAGCAGCGCGCAAAGCACUCCAGACCCAGGCCGGUCGCAGAGCAACUAUUUCAGCACCGUCGGAGCCGGCAGUGCCACCACGGCUGCCAGCCCCCCAACCAGCGUCGUCAAUGGAGCACCGCCGCCAUCCCUGCCUCCCUUACAUUCUCUUCCGUCGCUACAGCCCCAGCAACCAGCGCAGUCGCAGUCUCAGCCCCAGCGCCAGUACUUUGAUCCUGCGUAUGACGAGCAGCGUCCGGCGCCUGCGGCUAAUGAUGAGGAAGGCGGUCGGCGACGCGCGCUUUCUGGCGCUGCGCAGCAGCCUCCUGCUGCUACUACGACCGAGUCUGCUGCUGCUGCUGCUGCUGUUCCACCGCAGAAUGGCGACACGGAGAUGACGGAUGCGAGCUUCACGGCUGUGAACCGGUAGGAUUUUUCCUACGCAUCAAGUAAGGAGCGGUAAUAGCAGCACGACAGGUGAUAUCAAGUCAAGGCGUUUAAUAAGGUUUGUUUCGAAGGAGUAUUUUGCUGGAAACGCUAUCAUCCGUUUUUUUAUUCAACCAUGGGUUUUGCUAGAGGGGGCCACCAUGUAUACUGGUUCUUGUCGAGCAUCUCGGAGUGUAUUAGUAGCAGAAAAAGGAUUUGUCUUUGUUCGUCCUUUGCAUGGUUGCCGAGCGCCUGGCAUUCCUGUUUCCAAUCACAUAGAUUCAAACUUGGUCAUUGUUACUGCUGAUCUCGCAUGGAUUCUGAUUACAAGCCUUGCAUUAUCUGGCCAGGAUGCUCAAUGAACUAUCACACCUAGAGUGCCAUGACUAGUUAUUGCUACAUUCAUCC